AGUCACUUCGCACUGGGCACAAAAAACAGAGCAGCGCUGCACGCAGACCGGCACCACCGUCGUCCUCUUCGGUCUCUCUUCCCACCUUCAGCGACGUCCCUUGUCUCUUCUCCGACCUUUAGCGACAUCCCUCUUCGGUUUCUUCUCACAACAAAUUUGUAAAUUUAAGGAUCUUUAGGCAGAAGAUAUUAAAGCUGAAGAAUGAGUACUAGUGCUAGUAAGAAAGAUUUUGCUUGGCAAUGGACAAAAGAUGUUGAUCCGGUGUCCAGAUAUUUCUAUUGUGUGUAUUGUAAUCAGAAAUGCACGGGCUCAAUUACUAGAUUCAAACAUCACUUGGGUGGCAUAAGUUCGGGAGGAAUGGCUAUUUGUAAAAAAGUCCCACCAAAUGUCAAGGCACAAUGCAUUGCUAAUAUUAAAGGAAUUAAACAAAGAAAGAAAGUUAGUAAUGAAUUGUGUUGUGGUGUCGAAGAAGAAAGUGAGAGUGUGGACAUGGAAGUGAACACAACGGCAUACUAUGGAAAUAGCUCUCGAGGGAGUGGGAGCGGGAGCGAGAGUGUUCCAGCUUCACAACACGGUUCAACUCUACCACCAAGGUCAAAGGGAGAUAGGUAUGUUUCUUUAGAAGCUCACCAAGCCACAUUGAAUACACCUUUCAAAAAAGAGGAAAGGAAACAAGUGUGCCGAAAACUUGCGCAAUGGUUUUACACUAGUGCCAUUCCAUUCAAUGCGGCAAACUCAGAUUAUUAUUUUCAAGCAAUGAAAGCGGUCUCCGACUUUGGUCCCGGUUUUGAAGCUCCUACAAGCCAUGAGUAUAGGACUUGGAUGCUCAAAGAAGAAGUUGAUGAUGUACAGAGAAAGAUGCAAGAUCAUGUAAAAGCUUGGAAGAGAUAUGGAUGCACCAUUAUGAUGGAUGGAUUGUCAGAUGGUAAAAGUAUGUGUCUAAUUAACUUUCUUAUCAAUAGCCCUCGAGGUACAUGGUUUUUGAAAUCGGUUGAUGCAUCAGCCUCCAUUAAAAAUGGAGAUUUGUUAUAUGGCUACUUGGAUGAUGUUAUACAAGAAAUUGGGGAGGAGAAUGUAGUUCAAGUCAUAUCCAAUAAUGCUUCCAACUACAAGAAUGUGGGGGCAAAACUUAUGGAGAGAAAAGAGAAGUUGUGGUGGACUCAAUGUGCGGCUCACUGCAUUGAUUUGAUGCUAAAGGAUAUUGCUAAGAUGAAAUGUUUUGAUGACACACUUGAACAUGCUAAGUGUAUAACGAAGUAUCUUUAUGGGCAUCAAUGGGUACUCGCUUUGAUGAGAAAGUUCACCAACAAUACGGAAAUUCUUCGUCCAGCAGUCACUAGGUUUGCCACUUCUUUUCUUACACUUCAAAUCUUACAAAAGCAAAAGGAGAAUCUUGUUGCUUUGUUUUCCUCCCAAGAAUGGUCUGAAAGUACCUAUGCAAAAUCCCGUGAAGCAAAGUUGGCUAAGUAUUAUGUGAUACAUGAUCAUGAGUUUUGGGGUAGAGUUUCCUUUUGCGUUAGAGGUGUUCUUCCACUUGUUUGUGUCUUGAGAGAGGUUGACUCGGAAGAGAGACCUGUCAUGGGAUUUAUAUAUGAGUUGAUAGAUGUCGUAAAAGAGAAAAUUGCUAACAAUCUUAACAAAGUGGAGAAAAAGUAUAUGCCAAUUUGGAAAAAGAUAGAUUAUAGAUGGAACGAUCAACUUCACCAACCAUUAUAUGCGGCAGGCUAUUACUUGAAUCCACAAUUUCGGUAUGAAGAUAAUUUCUCAAAUACUGAAGAAAUAAGAAAAGGGUUGUUUGCUUGCAUGGAUAGGAUGCUUGGAAAUUCCAAAGAACGUGAAGAUGCGGAUAUCCAAUUGGACUCAUAUGAUCGUAGACUUGGUAAUUUUGCGGAUCCUUUGGCAAUGAAAACUAGGAAAAGGCGAACACCUUUGGGUUGGUGGCAGCGUUUUGGGUAUCGAACACCUGAGUUGAUGAUGUUUGCCAUACGUGUUCUUGGCCUUACUUGUAGUUCAUCGGGAUGUGAGAGGAAUUGGAGCACAUUCCAAAUGAUUCAUAAAAAAAAGAGGAAUAGACUUGAACACAAAAGGCUAAAUGCUUUAGCAUAUGUGAAGUAUAAUUUGGCUUUAAGCGAGCGAAGUCUUAAAAGAAGUGGGAGGUGUGAUCCGAUUGUUGUAGAAGAAAUUGACUCGGAUGAUGAAUGGAUAACGGAACGAGAAGAUCCCGUUCUUCCCCAAGAUCCUAGAUGGCUUGAAGAUGAGUCAUUGUUCAAUGCGGAGGCCGUAAGGAAUGUGCCAAUCCCCAUUUAUGAAGAUAACUCACAAGUUGGAGACCCUAGAGAGCCUUCUCCUCCUCCUCCUCGUGAGCCUACUCUGUGAACUUACUCCGCCCCAUGAGCCAACUCAACCUCGAGUUCUUAUUACCUACAAAAGAAAACGCAUUAAUGAGGAAACCUCGAGUCGAAGAAACAAAAUUUUGAAGGAUAAGUCAGAAGAUUCUUUUGAAGACUAUUUGACACAACGUUCAAGUUCAACUAGACUUGGCAAUGAAGAAGAUGAUAUUACCUUUGAUUUGGAUGAAGAGGAUUUGAGUGAAUAAUUUCUUUGUUCGUAUUUUUCUGAGUUAAACUUGUCUGUGACUUCUGCACUUUUGAAUGGCUAUAGAUAUUUUGUUUUGCAAA